AUGAAGUUUUUGUGCCUUAUUAUAUCUGCUAUCCUAAUCCUGAGUCUGGCUUCUCAACUGGAGGCUCGCCAGCGUUUCUACUGCCUGUGGAGCACCAAAAGGUCCUGCUCCAAGAGCACUCCCAGAUGCAUCCGACUGCAAACUGGGACAGAUGCUACGGCCAUGACGGCCAUCUAUACUUGCAAGUACUAUCGCAGCGAUUGCAAGUAUCUGCUCGAUAUGUGCAAGGGCGAGACAAGUUUUGGCCAACUUGGAACAACGGUGGAUGUGCAAACCUAUUGUAUUAAUAAUAAUAUCCCUAUUGGAGGAACUGGAGUCUGCACAUAA